AUGCGUCUGGUGCAGGUACUGUCCGGGCAUGGCUGCUUCGGAUCGUACCUGCACCGGAUUGGGAGGGAGGAGACUCCACAGUGUCACCACUGCGAAGCCACGGUGGAUACAGCAGAGCACACACUUCAGGUGUGCUCAUCGUGGGCUGAACCCCGCCGCGCCCUGAUGGCAGUGGUCGGGAACGACCUCUCGCUUCCCAGCGUGAUUGCCGCCAUGCUGGGAAGUGAGGAGGCAUGGGAAGCGGUAGCCUCCUUCUGUGAGGACAUUAUGUCACAGAAGGAAGCGGCGGAGCGCAUGGGGGAGAACGACCCUCUCGCGGUGCCGCUUCGCAGACGAAGAAGGGGCAGAAGACGACAAACACGAUGUCCGUCCCCAUCCGCCCCGGGGGGUGAUCAGCGGGCGACAGGCACGGGGGCGCCACCGUAUGCAUCACAAGAAUCAACCCCUGCGCUCCGGCCAUUAUAA